AUGGGACAGAGCAUUCCACAAGAUUUUGUAAUGGCCUCUCCUCACACAGAAGCAAAUGCAAAAGCUGCCCUUGACUUUUUCCUGAAGUUGAGCAAGGAUGAACACUGUGAAAGCAUCAUGUUCUCCCCUGUAAAUUUGGCAGUCGCCUUGAAAGUCCUCCUUUCUGGGGCCAGGGGCCACACAGCUGCUGAACUGCAAAAGAGGAAGAAUGUGGAAGAGGAUGUCCUUGAAAGUGCCAAAAGCUGUGGGACAGUGGACAGUAGGCAGAAAACACAGGGCCCAGCUCCACACCCUUGUGGCUUGGCAGCACCUUCUCCUGAACUUGAAUCUGCACCUCGCCCUCAUAGGGAUGCUUCUGAUUAUGAAUGUGAGAUGCCCGAAGGCAGCCAUAAGGAGUUCCACAAAAUCCUUGCUCAGCUUGACAAACCGAGCAGAAACUACGAGCUGAGCUUUGCCAAUCAACUCUACGGAGACAAGUCUAUUGCUUUUGUCCAGCAAUUCCUGUUCUGUGCAUUGAAGCAGUAUCUGACGGAGGUAGACAGUGUUGACUUUCACAAGGCUCCAGAAGAGGCCAGAAAGCUGAUAAACCUAUGGGUUGAAGUCCGGACACAUGGCAAAAUCCAGGACCUGCUGCCGGAGUUCAAUGACGAGAUAACAUGCCUGAUUGAUCUGCUUCUGGUGAAUGCCCUCUACUUCAAAGGACAAUGGGAAGUCCAGUUUGACAAGGAGCUCACCAAAGAAAGCUCCUUUUACUUGAACGAGGUAAGAGACACCAAAACUGUGGAGCUGAUGCAUAGAAGAGGCCACUAUAAAACGGGAACAAUUGAAAGCUCUCAGGUCCAGUUCCAAGUGCUUGAGAUCCCCUAUAAAGAUCAUGAACUGAGUGUGUUCAUACUGCUGCCCAAAGAUUACAACCCCAGUUCUCUUCAACAGCUGGAAGAGGAACUUACCUAUGAGAAGUUAUUAGAGUGGACCUCUGAAACCUGCCUGAAGGUGGAAGAGGUAGACGUGGCCAUCCCCAAGACCAGACUUGAGAAGAGCAUCCCAGCCCUCAAAUUCUUGGAAGCUCUGGGCCUGAAUAAUGUGUCCAAUCCGGAAAAAGCUGAUUUGUCUGGAAUUACGACAACCGAAAUGGUCGCUGUGAGUGAGAUUGUGCAUGGAGUUGCCUUAGAGAUGGAUGAAGAUGGUGGAAGGGAAGCACCACAUUGCCCCAGAGAUAGGCACCCAGCGAGCCGGGCAGAUGUGCAGUUUGUGGCUGACCAUCCUUUUCUUUUCUUUAUACUGCACAAAUUUACCAACAGCAUCCUGUUCUUCGGUAGAUUUUCUGAACCGGAAGAAAACACAGCUUGCCAUUAA